CUGGAGCAUCUCUGUCCCUCUUUCAAAUGGGUGACUUCUGAACCUGGACCUAUUCACUACCUGAAGCAGCAACUUCUUCUUUCACUGUGCAUCCUGGAGGGGAAAAUGAAUUUCACAAAUUGCACCACUGAAGCCAACGCGGCUGCGAAGCCAAAAACAGUAACUGAAAAGAUGCUCAUUACCCUGACCUUGGCCACAAUCACCACCUUGACUAUGCUGCUGAAUUCUGCUGUAAUUGCGGCAAUCUCCACAACCAAGAAGCUCCACCAGCCGGCAAAUUAUUUAAUAUGUUCACUCGCUGUGACAGAUCUCCUUGUUGCUGUUCUUGUCAUGCCCUUGAGCAUCACUUACAUAAUGAUAGGUAAAUGGACUUUGGGAUACUUCAUCUGCGAGAUCUGGCUUAGCGUUGACAUGACCUGUUGCACGUGUUCAAUCCUUCAUCUGUGUGUCAUUGCUCUGGACAGGUACUGGGCAAUCACAGACGCUAUUGAAUACGCCCGGAAAAGAACGGCUAAAAGGGCUGGGCUGAUGAUAGUCACCGUGUGGACCAUCUCCAUUUUCAUAUCAAUGCCCCCUUUGUUUUGGAGAAAUCACCACAGUGUCAAUAUUCCCAGUGAGUGUCGCAUUCAGCACGAUCAUGUCAUCUACACUAUUUAUUCCACAUUUGGGGCGUUUUACAUCCCCUUGACUUUGAUCCUGAUCCUGUACUACAGAAUUUACCAUGCUGCAAAGAGCCUUUACCAAAAGCGGGGUUCGAGCCGCCACCUCAGCAACAGGAGCACCGACAGCCAAAAUUCCUUUGCCAGCUGCAAGCUCACACAGACGUUCUGCGUCUCGGACUUCUCCACAUCCGACCCAACCACGGAGUUCGAUAAAAUCAACGCGUCUGUGAGGAUCCCUCCUUUCGAGAAUGACCUGGACCUGGCUGGUGACCGGCAGCAGAUCUCCACGACACGGGAACGAAAGGCUGCUCGCAUUCUGGGCCUGAUUUUAGGUGCUUUCAUUUUGUCCUGGUUGCCCUUUUUCAUCAAGGAACUGCUUGUGGGCCUCCAUGUUUGCACUGUCUCUCCAGAAGUAGCGGACUUCUUGACCUGGCUGGGAUAUGUCAACUCCCUUGUCAACCCUUUGCUGUACACUAGUUUUAAUGAAGAUUUCAAGCUGGCCUUUAGAAAGCUCAUCAGGUGUCGAGAACACACUUAAAAGUACUGGGAGAUGAUGAUGAUGACGACAUGACUUCUGGCCUUAAG